ACUAGAACUAGCAUGAAGAAGGCCCUCCUGCUCCUGAAUUGCAUCCUCCUCACCAUCGGCAAAUGUGGCGGUCCAUUGAUCAUGCGCCUCUACUUCACCAAAGGCGGCAAAAGAGUAUGGCUAUCGAGCUGGCUAGAGACCGGCGGUUGGCCUAUCAUGUUCAUCCCCAUCAUCAUCAACUACAUCCACCGCCGCGCCAAGGAUGGCUCAGCCUCCACCUCCACCAAGCUCUUUUUCAUGAAACCUCGCUUGUUCAUAGCCUCUGCUGUCAUAGGCAUCCUCACGGGAGCUGACGACUACUUAUACGCCUACGGUGUGGCGCGCCUGCCUGUUUCAACAUCAACUCUAAUCGGUUCUACCCAGCUGGUCUUCACAGCAGGCUUUGCCUAUCUUCUUGUUAAGCAAAAGUUUACGUCAUACUCGAUAAACGCAGUAGUUUUGCUGAGUGUUGGAGCUGGAGUUUUGGCCCUCCACACAAGCAGUGACCGUCCGAAUGGUGAGUCCAAUAAGGAGUAUUAUCUGGGGUUUUUCAUGACGCUUUUAGCUGCGGUGCUGUACGGUUUCAUCCUACCGCUGGUGGAGCUGACAUACAAGAAGGCAAAGCAGGCAAUUAGCUACACACUGGUGAUGGAGAUUCAGAUGGUCAUGUGUUUUUUUGCUACUGCUUUCUGCACAGUAGGCAUGCUGUUUAACAAUGACUUCAAGGUAAUUCCAAGGGAAGCAAGAGAGUAUGAACUCGGUGAAGCAAAGUAUUAUGUGGUACUGGUAUUCAGUGCCUUAUUUUGGCAGGGUUUCUUCUUGGGAGCAAAUGGAGUCAUCUUCUGCGCUUCAUCUUUGUUUUCUGGAAUUCUAAUGGCUGUUCUACUCCCAGUGAUAGAGACCUUAGCUGUUGUAUUCUACCACGAAAAGUUUAAGGCCGAAAAAGGGGUCACUCUUGUCCUCUCUCUUUGGGGAUUUGUUUCUUACUUCUAUGGCGAGAUAAAGCAUAGUAAGAAAAGAAGUCAAACUCAAUCUCAGGCUCAGCAAACAGACAUGACUCAAAAAACAGAGAUGACUCAAAUUGGAACUCCAUAAACAUGGUUGUUUGAAUAUAAGCCCGGUAAACAGGAGGGUUGAGUCAGGUUUGGAUCAGGUCAAAUAUGAACGGGUGAGAUAUCGGUUGUAACAAUCUAUAUAUAAGAAUUACAGCUAGUAUCCUUAUCAUAAGCCCGUAACAAUCCAUAUAUAUUGCUGAAACUGUGACUGCAUGAAGUGUUUGUAUACAAGCAUUACUGCUGUUAUUCUAUCAAAACAUCACUCUUGUGACAACAAAUAUGCAUACAUAUAAUUAUAUGAUUAUAUAUGUAAAUACGUGUCCUCAGCUCAUGACAAGUUGGAGCAGCACAAACUUUCCAGAAAAAAAAAAAAAAAAUAAAAAAAAAAAAUUUACAAAGGAAAAACAUUUAUCAUACGCGUUUUUAUUCCCCCCUCCUUUUUGCCUUUACCAAUUCAUAAUUAACUAAGCCAUCAACUCCAACCUCCAUGA